UAUCUUCUCUACGUGUACAUAUCCGCUUAAACUUCUGAUCUCACAUUCCUGCCCAGGACGAUCCAAGCAACUCGCAAAAAAUAUGGUCUGGAUGCGAUUCCUCACAUUCUAGACGCUAACCUUCACCCGGAUGCACCUCCAGGUGUUCCUGGCGCAUUCCUCAUCAUGGCCCCCUCCACAGUCUUCUCCUACUGGCGUCGCGACCACCGCCGAUCGAGCGCAUCCCUCGUUUCGUCGUCCGUUGUGCAGCCCACGGCGAAGGGCCUGGUAUCCAACACUCCUUCCCAGCUCCCCGUCAUUCCGAAUAACACAAAUCUUCCCGCUUUCGCCGACCCCUCACCAGCCGCCGAAGGACCGAGCCCAAUCGACUCGACCUCGGAUUCGAAGAGAGCAGUUACCGUGUCAGCGAGCCCAGUCCAUGCGCCCGCUUCUUCCUCAGCCAACCUUGCAGUGUCCUCCUCGUCGUUCGAGAAUCACGCUCUGCGCGACUCCAGCUCCGAAGAUCGCGACCGAGACCCAGCCCUCACCUCCCAGUCCAAUUACUCGCAGGCAUCCUUCACAGUUUCGCGUCCGCACCAUGGGGAUGGAGACAUCCCCCGAACGAGCUCUCCGUUUCGACUUUCCAUAGGCAAAAACCUACUUUCUUCGAAUCACCAACCCUCCGAUCCCCACCUCAAACGAUACUCGACCCCCAGCAUGCCGUCCUCGAGUCACCCCUUCAGGUUCAAGACCUCUCCCGAUAUAACAUCGUCCGCCGACAAGGUCGCCACCGCGCAGCGCGACUACAAGAGUGAUGGCGGCAGCCAUCGUCGGCAGGGAGAUCGGGACAAUCUGGGCUCAGAACAUGGCUAUCACAAGUCGGGCAAAACCAGGCUGCAUCUACUGAAUCCCAUGUCACUCCUCGCCCGACGGCGCUCGCACCAAGGAACAAGCCUCCGCACCGCUGACACCACGAACUCUGCCCGCAACUUGGUCCCCGCGAUCCCCGACGAUUACGAUCCCCGGAUUCGCGGGAAGAUCGUCCAUGACUUCUCUGCGCCGCGUCCGCGUCGCAAUCACUCCACGCCUCCGGUACUGCUCCGCGACACCUAUCAUCAAUCGUCCAACGAGCCGAUUGCACCUUGUGCGGAUCAGGCCGCCCACGCUGCCCAGCACAGUGAGCAAGCAAAGCGGCACACGCAAUACUCACCCGUGUUCAAAGAGCACUUCGAGGAGGACAACCAGCAGGUGUUGCAGGUCGAGAGCAAAGCCUAUCUCCAGUCCUCUUUGUUGACAGAUCCUUCGCUGGCGGAAAGCGACUCCCGCGCGCUCCCCGUGUUUGCUCGGAAGCUGCCCUCAACGAUCCCAGAGGAGAGCGGACCGGCGGAGUCGCCCGAUGAGCAGGUGCGAACUAAGGAAGAUACAGAAGACCAGCCCGAGGUUCAACAGGAGCCUGCCGCUGGGCAUGACGAGGACACCAUCGAGAUGAUGCCGCACCAGUCCCUGGGCCUGCCCAAGCAUUUCAAGAGCAAUGCGUCUCGGUUCAGUUUUGAUAUGAACGGUGUGGAGUCGUCGGCGCAGGAGAAGCUGCUGGAGGAGAAACAUAAGGAAAAGGAGGCCGCGAGAAGGGCCAAGGCCCAGUUGGAGGAUCCGGGCUUCAGCGAUGGCGAAGACUUUGAUGCCGAUAUUCUCGAUGACAUGUACGACUUCGAAGAGAAGAUCCCCGGCGUGAACGUCGAUGCAGACGAGGACUACGAGUUCCAGGGCUUUUCGGGCACAGGCAACAUCCUUAACAAGUCGUGGCUGGCUCCCGAGCUGUCUCCGGUCGUUGCGAGCCCGCUAACGCCCGGGAUUCCGGGGUAUGAUGGUGCUGGGGAUUCUCCGGCUCCUGUGGCGGACAGUUCCCCAAACCUGUCGAACGGAGAGCCGGCUGCGGCUCCUGAGCAGGAUCGCGGCAUUCAGUCUUUGCCUACGGCGACGGCAUCGUCUGUUGAGACUCCGCAGUUGGUUCAGAGUGUACAGCCGAUGGCUCCACAGCCGAUUGUCGACGACGACGACGACGACGAUCUGUAUUUUGACGAUGGGGAGUUCGGUGACCUGACCACUGAAGGGGAGAAAUUUGAUGAGUCGGUAUUUGACGAUGAAACUAGCCAUCUAUAUGAGCGGAAGCCGGUCGCUCCGCAGCCGAUACAAGAGGACGAUGAUGAUUUGUAUUUCGAUGAUGGAGAGUUCGGUGAGCUGACUACUCAGGGCGAGAGGUUUGACGAGUCGGUCUUUGAUGACGAAACAAGUCAUCUUUAUGAGCGGAAGCCGGUAGCUGAACGUCCCGUGUCUAACCCGCCAGUGAAGGCGGAGGAGAACGAAACCUCUGCGAGUCUCGCCGAACAUGAGGAGCCACUAUUGGAGCACAAUGGCGGUCUCAGGCAUGCUCCCAGCAUAGCGAGCGAGUAUCAAGCAGACACUUCUAGGAUUUACAGCCACACCCUUGAGGCACUCACGGACCUUGCGCCUUCCAAACCGCAUGGCGGAGUCUUAUCCGAGUACAACCUCGGGGCCUUCCACGACGCUCUGGCCAAAGUGGCCAACGACACUUCCUUACACGAGAGGUUCGGGCGCUCUGUGAGCAUUAGCGAGCGGUCCGUCGGUCAGACAAGCACAGCGCAGACGAUGGACACCCCUUCCGGGCUGAUAUCGGACGACAGCCAUUUAAGCCAGGCUGUUGAUGGGUUGGGCUUCGACGAAGUAUUAGACGAUUUCGACUACGAUGAUAAUGACGCCUUGCUGUACGAUGACCUGAUCAUUGCCGCGGCCAACGCUGAAGCGCUCGAGAAUGACGAUGACGGUUUCUACGGCCAAGAGUUCGGAUUCUACGCACAGUCUCUGGGGACCUGCAGCACGGAGCUCACCAACGGCGGCUACUUCGGUCCCCGGGGCGUUGAGGGGAUCUCGCGGAGCUUCAGCAGCCGGGGCAAGUUCCGCGAGCCCAGUCUCACCCCCAUCACCGAGCGGAGUGAAUGGAGCACGCGCAACUCGGUCAUCUCGCUGACGGCUCAUGGUGCUACGAACCCAGCGCUGCCGAGUCCCGGGCUCGCUCAAUUGGUCGACCUCGCGAGUAGUAUGGACGACGAGAUGUCCCUGAGCGCGUUGAUGCGCCUUCGACGGGGCGCCUGGGGCGGGAGCAAUGGAAGCCUCCGCAGCGGCAGCGGCAGUCCCCCGCCCUAUCUCCAUACAUCGUCCAACCGCGCGAGCUACAUCUCCGAUGCGAGUCCCACGAUUCUGACAGCUCCCCCGGAUGCAUUCUGUAGCUCUGAUGCCGCAGAGUCUCCCAUUGAGAAAUCGGAGAAACUGCGAUGGUCACACGCCUCCGCGGAACAGCGGAUGGAUCCUUCAUUGAGCGAGGAGGAGAACUGUUCCUCUAUCUGACCGCCCAGGGUUUCACUAUGUUGAACAGUCCGGGAGAUGAGAUACAGGCGAAACCAUCACGGUAUAUAACUCAUCUUGGCCGUUUGCCCUAUUUACAUAAUGAUGUUCAUGCCCACUAUAUAAUACCUCCUCGCCGCGCAAGGCAGCGGCUUGUUUGUACUGUACCGUUAGCGAAUGGAACCCCGUGAUU